AGAUGUGAUAGCUCCAAACCUUGGCGCUUCUGUGUGGAAGGCUGCUUUGCCACCACCGAGCGCAGGGCCAUGAACACCUCGAGCAUGUUCAUUGCCACGGAGCCUGUGCCAAUGUGGCCAGGAUUUCCUGCCAAAGAUGAGACCCACCCAAAUUCCGAUGCCUGGCACUGGUGGAGCCCGCCACCCAAUGUGUGGAUCCCUUCCUACAUCGCCUACGGCUUGGUGGACACCAUCACGCCACUCUACGGAGCCAUGGGCGCCAUGACCGGCUCGCCCGGACUUGCGCCGGAGAAGCAGGGCGACAUCCAGAAGGGUCACGACACCGGUCCCAGCACCAAGAGAAGCUCCCUCGGUCCUGAGGAGCAGGGCUUUCACCAGGAGAUGCUCCGCAAGCUGGCGCUGCACUUGGCCGCACAGCCGGAGGAAGUGCCCGACACGGUGGCCACCGCCCCAUCGCCGGAGACGAUGGUGAAGGAGUGUCCCAGCGAACCGGUGCACUUCUGCGAGUCGAACUUCUUCAUGCCUGUGGACAAGGAGGAGGGUUCAGACACCCCUCGCAGCUUUUGCGCUACUCCAGAGGAGCAUGGCAUGCCUGUGUGGAAAGACAGGAAUGCAGAUGCCUCGGGUUAUGAAGAGAAUGAGCCGAGCCACUGUGUAUGUGUUCCUAGCUACAUCGUCCAUGGCUUGCUGGAGGCUUGGGAAGGCAAAAGCAAGAAGGACAGGCGCUUUGGGCCCUCCGAACAGAGCUUCCAUCAUGAGAUGCUCCGCAAGCUGGCGCUGCAUUUGGCCGCCCAACCAGGAGAGCCAUCUGCCCAGGUGCCUCAGGCGCCGGCGCCAGCCCCACAGCCCAAACGACGCAUCCUUUGCAUCCAGAGACCGACGGAAGUACCGACGGGCCUGGUUGGGUGGUCCAGGUCGAGGGAGUCAUUGAAGUCAUACCGACUAGGGACCAUUUGACAUGGCAUUCCAGUCGUCCACCAAGAAUUUGCCAGUUGGUUUAACAUCCAGAGAGUGUUCAGCCGCUGAUCGCAUACAGGAAGUGAGAGCGAGGGAGAAGAGAGACCACAAGCGCACAACGUCAGUGUCCUGACUCGGGCCCAUUGCGUUCCGCGGGGGGGUCCGGCAAAUGAGAUGCAUCGUGCGUGACUUCACCAUCAGUUCGAUGAAUGAAGAUUUCAUGACAGCACCACACAGAGUUUGAUCAACACCGGACGAGGCGAUCAAACCAUCUACCUAGUAGCUCCCAGUAGUAAGGCCAGGAGCCCCUAGUAGCUUCUUGCUCCUAUGGCGCUAAAACCUGUGGGAGGAGAUCCUAAGUUUGAGCUCCCAGCUCCCCGUGUCGAGCCCCAACGGGUCUUGCGACCGCACAACCCUGCUGCGAGCCCUGAUUUGCCGGAGGAAAACCGGUGUCUGCUCCUGGCUACGCCGGGCUGUUCCACAACAACAGGCCACAAGAGGAGUUCCACCGGCAGAUGUUGCAGAAGCUGGCCUUGCACUUGGCGGCCCAGCCUGAUUCUCCUAGCCACUCCCACCCGAGCCAAGCUCCAAAGGUGGACCGAAGCCCAGCACCACAGCCGGGACUGGCGCCACAAAGCCAUGCUCACUCGGAAGAUCACCAGGA